AUGGAUACAGCAGGUAACCAGUCCGGCUUUCCUCCUCACGUCUGGAAUCAACUGCAUGAGAUGGCUCAAUCUGCACCUCACGCACGAGGUGGCCGUGGCCGUAACCGUGGCCGUGGUCGUGUUCGUGGCCAAAGCCAGGGCCAGGGCCAGGGCCAAACAGGAGCGGGCCGGCCACACCAAGGCCAAGCAGAGCAAGAUCGUCUGCACAGUCAACAACAUGCUGCCUCUUUCACUGCGAAUCUCGAGUCUUUCCCGCCCCUUGGAGCGCAACCACCUCCUCGUGGCAGAGGCGAAGCUCCUCAUCACUCCAGACCCCAGUACCAGCCGGGGCCCCAAUUUCAGAACUUCAACGAUCCGAGCCGUGGUUCUCCCAGGGAAUAUCAGGAACGUGCAAGAGGUAGCUAUCGAGGAUCGCGCUCCUUCGAUACGCCGCAGCUUCGACCGCCGCAUCCUGGCCAGUCAGAGCAGCAGCCACAAUUGAUGAACCCUGUCGCAUUUCAUAGCAAUGGCCGACCUCAAACGAACCAUCACAGGCAGCUCUACAACCCUAAUGAUGGCAUGCAUUUUAACGCAGGGCAGCAACAGCGCUCCACGAAACAUCUUGUCUUGCUGCAAGCGGAAUACCUCGCCAGCGUUGGCAAAAAGGCAUACGCGGCACACAAAUUCAGUCAAGAGGAGAGGGACGUCAAGGAGAGCUUCCGUCGCACUUUGGAGAGUAUUGCGAAACAGGCGUUGGGUGCCGAAUACCCGAACUUACAACAAAAUCAGGUCAAAUUGAAGUGCUAUGGUUCUCUUGCCAACGGCUUCGCACUCACCGGUUGCGACAUGGAUCUCCUGUUGUCAUUACCCGGCUCUGAAGGAUCAGGAACAGCAGUCAACCUGAAACCCUCCAGUGACACGCAGAUGGCGGCAGAAGAUGGGGUGCAAGAGCAGGUUUUCAAGAUUGACACUGGUCGUAUCUUAGAGAAAGCGUUCCUUGACCACGACUUUGGAGCCAGGCUCAUUACUCAAACGCGUGUCCCGAUCCUUCGCAUCUGUCAGAAUCCAACCCCAGAGCUGCUGCGAAAUCUGCGGGAAAAUCGUGCCGCUCGGGAAGACGGCCACGGGGAAUCAGAUGUUGCCGAGUCAAAGCUGCCAACAUCAGAUGAUCCCUCUACGGAUAUCGAGUCCGCUGAACAAGCCUUGACAGAUCUCAAUCUUGGAGAAACUGCAUCCGCAAAGCAAGGCCGCCGGGGUAAUGCAGGUCUGGAGUUUACCGAGGAUUGUGGCAUCCAGUGUGAUAUCAACUUUUCCAACUUCGUGGCUCUGUACAACUCAGACUUACUUCGAAGCUACCAGAGCUUCGACCCGCGAGUCAGAGAAGUUGGCGUCUUUGUCAAGAUCUGGGCCAAGACUAGGGACAUCAACACGCCAUAUCGCGGCACCCUAUCGAGCUAUGGCUGGAUUAUAAUGGUUCUCCACUAUUUGAUGAACAUUGCGAGGCCACCUGUUAUUCCCAAUCUCCAGCAUCUCGCCAAGCUCGACGACGCAUGGCAUCCAGAUAGGCCGGUCGAACUGUUCGAAGGGUUCGAUGUCCGCUUCGUUCAGGAUCCUCAAAGUCUGAAAGAAAUUCGAGAAGACAUGGCUGCAAGUCCUAACAGAGAGUCUACGGGCCAAUUGCUGAGAGGGUUGUUCCAAUAUUACGCAACCCACCAAGGCUUUCAUUGGACUCGGGAUGUUAUCUCGAUCAGAACAAAGGGCGGUCUCAUGUCUAAGCAAGCCAAAGGAUGGACUGAGGCAAAAUGGCAACAGACACAGACGAAGUCAGUCCGUCUUCGAUAUCUGCUGGCCAUCGAGGACCCCUUCGAAAUCGAACACAAUAUCGCACGCACUGUGGGACACCAUGGUAUAAUCACGAUCCGAAACGAGUUUCGUCGAGCGUGGUCAAUCAUUAGCACCAUCGGCACGGAUCACGAGAUUCCCGCAGAGGAACUCCUCACUCCUGUCACCUCGCGAGUUGACACGUUGAGACAAGAUUUAGAAGCCCGGAGGGAGAGACAAAUCAAAAUGAGGAAGGAAUUGGAAGCCAAGGAGAAAGCAUUGCUUCGGAAACGGGAUGAGGAGUUCCCAGAGUCACUUAGAGAUGGUACGUUGGGAAAUUCUGAUCCAGGGAAUCCCGAGACCCGUUUGUUUGGCGAGAGCCAGCGCUGGCCGUCAACGUCGAAGCUGACCUCGACCCCGUACCCCCAGAACAGGAAUCCGCAAUUGAAGCCCAAAAGCCGGCGCAUCAGAAAGGUAUUGGUCGAGAGUGACGACGAAGAAGACUCAUCCAGUCCUGCUCCAGAUAACGCAAAGGAGCAGGAAUGCCUUGAUGUCGCCACUCCACCAGUCCAGGCCAAAUCAGAGGACGAUUUCCCUUCCAUAUCGGAUAUCCUUCUCACCCAUGGCUACGAUGAUGAAGGCAAUCCUGUUGCCUGGGACAUCGAGACCCAAGAUGGACGCUGGCUUCAUUGGAGAGACGGGAAAGCGAAGCGGGGCGAGCUAAGGCCAUUCUCAAAUCCCAAUCUACGCAAACUAAAUGAACAGUGCCCCUAUGAUCCGAGACGACCUAGUCCAUACGACGGCAUGCCAUACCGCAACAACGCUCAGAGAUAUAGGUACCUGUUACCACCAUGGCCUUCAAGCAACCGUGACGGAGCAAAUAUGCGCAGGGUCACACCAACCGAGCCUUGCUCUGUCGAGGACAAAGACCCGGUGUCCAGGGACGAGAGUGGUGCUCGAACCCAAGACGCGCCAGACGCAGACGUGAAGGCGGAAGCGACGGAAAUAUGUGAAACAGACACCCACGAAAAGAACAAGUUCAGAUCUCGAGAAAAUACAGAUAAUACGUCAGGACAUCGUGAUCCAUCAGGCUCAGUAGGGCCAAACAUUCCAUGGGACAAACGUACGAUUGGUGGCCGCUGGCUCCGACAGCGCGAUGCACGCAUACGUGCAGGAGCGUGGGAGUACCACCCAGGCUCUCGAGGCGCGGAAAUCGACCUUGCGUUUCCUUACGAUCCGGAGAUGACAUGGAAAGAGCUCGAGGCGAUGAACCAGCUAUUACGACAAAACUACAUGCGUACUCUUCUCCGUACCAAACAGGACAAUGCUUCACGUCGACGCGUUGUUACAGACUCGUCUGGCACCGAAGUCAACGACCCGGCUCCACCACCGGGGGUGUGCCGGACCGCUGCGUCUGCAAUGCAGACAGAGAGUUCUGCUCGCACCGACCCAUCACCUGCUAAGCCGCCUUCCCGUGACAGCCACCCUUUUUAUGGUAGCAUUUCUGAAAGCGCGCCAAUUACACCUCCAACCGAUGCCCGAAGUCCAGAUUUGGCCUUUCUACGAACCCAGCGACUCUCCUUCUUUUCAAAAUUGGUGAGUCCGCCAACAAAUGACACCGAAAUGGCCAUUCGGAUUGAACCCAAGCCAGCUAUUGCGAGCGCAGCCCUUGCGCUGGUCAUCAAAGAGUUCCCAACAUCCACUCCACCCGCCCGAAUACUGGUCGAAGAAGUGUGCGUGGCUGAAGAUUAUUCUCACGGCUUACAGGCAGAUGCCUAUUCUGGAGAAGCAGACCACCAGUCUCACGAUGCCGAUGCCGACGACAACGAGUUGUCAGCAUCGGUGGCGGCGGGAUCGGAAGAGAGCCCAGGCACGGUGAUUUCAUCGCUGGAGAUUCCCGCCACACUGUUUCCCCAUCUCGACAAUAGCAGCCGACCAAGAGAUGAAGAUCCUAAUAUUCUCCCUAUCCCCCAAGAUUCCGGCUUUUGUUUCGACCCACGACAAUUGGAGGAUCUGGCUGUCAUUGCAAGGGGCGGCAAUGGCUGCGCAAGGGCAGGAGCCCAGUUUCACAUUGAAGAGAAUUACGAAUGGGGCGGCGGAGGAAUGAUGGGCUGGAAGCCGAGCUCCACAUCGCAGCGUGCUGGUAUGAGCGGGAAUCAUACACCACACGAAGCUGGCACAGGAGACGAAGAAGGCUUGCUUGCAGAGCUUCCCGGGGACCUGGAUUGA